AAACAUAAAAAAAUAUUAUAUAAAUUAUAAAUAAAAUUAAGCUUCAAUACGUCUCAGUUUGAGUAAAAUUUUAUUAUAAAUUUGUUUGAGUACAGCUUUUAUUAUAAAUUUCCAAUACAAAUCGUCAGUGAAUAUACCAUAAGACCAUACCAUUAAUCAUAUUUACCUAUAAAGAAUUGUAUUCCAGCCUUACAUAUGAAUGUAGUUUGAGUUUUUAUACUUUUAGUCAUAAUUGGCGAAAAAUUGAUAGUUUUAGCGUGCGUAUUAGUGAUUGCUACAUAAUUGUUGAAUUAUGUUAGAAUUUUAAAUUGCUGGUAUGGCUAAUUAAUUUUAUCUUUAUAAUUUGAACAGAUUGAAAUAUUUAAGGUUUGUGGUUGUGAAAACUUAAUCUGUGCUAUGGAAAUGGCUGACCCAAGAAAUGACGUUGAAAAUUUAAAUACUAAAAACGGAAACUUUAUUUGUGGUGUUGUUGAAGGAUUUUAUGGAAGACCGUGGACAACUGAGCAGAGAAAGGACCUAUUCCAAAAAUUGAAAAAAUGGGGAAUGGAUUCUUAUUUGUAUGCUCCAAAAGAUGACUAUAAACACAGAGCUUACUGGCGAGAGUUGUAUACGGUAGAAGAAGCCGAUCAUCUCACGGGCCUGAUAUCUGCGGCCAGGGAAAAUGGCAUCAGCUUCUACUACGCCCUGUCGCCAGGACUGGACAUCACCUACUCCAGUGCUAAAGAAGUUUGUGCGCUGAAAAGGAAACUCGAACAAGUGUCUCAGUUCGGCUGUGACGCUUUUGCCCUUCUCUUCGAUGACAUUGAACCGGAAAUGUCCGAAGCUGACAAAGAAGUAUUCCAAUCGUUCGCUCAUGCUCAGGUCUCAAUUACUAAUGAAAUAUACGAGCAUCUUAAUCAUCCUAAGUUCCUCGUUUGUCCAACGCAGUAUUGUGCGGCUAGAGCCAUGCCAACCGUUCAAAAUUCAGAGUAUCUCAAUACACUGGGCUCAAAAUUGGCUCCAGAAAUCAAUAUCAUGUGGACUGGUGCGAAGGUUAUCACAAGAGUCAUAACAGUGGAGUCCAUAGAAGAAAUAACGGAAGUUUUAAGACGACCACCUGUGAUAUGGGAUAACCUACAUGCCAAUGAUUAUGACCAGAAGAGAGUGUUUCUGGGUCCCUACCAAGGCCGCUCGCCUGACCUUAUUCCCAAGCUACGAGGAGUGCUGACCAACCCCAAUUGUGAAUACGGCGCCAACUUUGUUGGAAUUCACACUCUCGCUCAGUGGUCUCGGUGCAGUGUGGAUGGCAAACGAGAACUCAACGACAGUGUGUCAGCGGACAUAAAGCUGGAGACGGAGACAGAGGAUGGAGGCCUGGGCGAGGACGUGCCGAGCUCGCUGCCGGCGAACACCUACCACCCGCGACGGGCGCUGCACAACGCCAUCGCAGAGUGGCUGCCCGAGUUCAGUCGCACCAAGCAGGCGUGGGGGCCCAUCGUCAAGCCCCAGCCUCCCCUCGCCCUGCCCAUCCCCAUCCCCGUCCCCGUCCUCGUGCCCUCUGUCAACACGUGCAUCUCGCUCACAUCUACCACCACCACCACCAACACCGCAACCGCCUCAGAUAACAGCAACCAGCUGCAUGCACUCGCGCAAGUCUGCAGUACGGUCAGUACCUUCUUGCUCCCAAUGAAUUCAUAUACUUUUAAUAAUAAUUAAUAAUAAUUAUUAUAAAAAAUCCAA